CCCAGUCACAGGCUGUGGUUACAAGUGGAAAAUGUCACUGGGCACUUUAAAGAAGAGAGAGGGGCGAGAAUGAGGAGACAGAGGGAUGAUUGACAGAGAAAGAGAGACAGAGGAAGAUUGCACAAGAGGGUGAGACAGUGAUGAGCAAGUAGAGAGAUAGAAAGAAAGGAAAUCUUCUUUAGUCGUCAGUGCAGCAGAGGAGGCGACAAUGUGUUUCCCCUCAGGAACCCCCUGCUACCUUUACUGACCACGGCUCUUCAGUCAUUCUGCGAUCAUGGCCACGGAGAUCCUGGUGUCCUUAUACGUCCUGGUGGGUCUGUUCUCAGUGCAUGCAGCCCACUCUCACAAAGGCUCGCAAGGACUCUCCUGUGUGAACGACUUUGUCAACAAUGUCAGCUGUACGUGGGACGGCGCUCCCCUGGCUCCUGGUGUGGACUGCUGGAUCAUCGGUGUGAAGACAACCUGGAUCUUAAAGAACUACAUGAGAUAUCCCGGAACAAUUAUUCGAAGCUGCAGGAUGAAACGACACAGAAAAUCUCCCCCAGGCUGCAGUUUUGUCUUUGAAAAUGAAGAAUUCAACUCUUUCAAAGACAUGCCGUACAUCAGCAUGGAGUGUAACGGCACGUUGGUGGAGAACCUCACAAAUUAUUCUCCAUACAAACACAUCAAAAUGCAUCCUCCAGGCGUCCCCAAUGUCAGCAGCACGGCCAAUGAGACGAGGAUAUCGUGGACUCCAGGCAGUCCUCGCUCUCACUUCAUCACAUCCUUUGACUUCCAAGUUCAGAUCACGGAGAAAAACAAGACAUGGAACGACGCCAACAUUCAGCCAACACAAGAACAAGAGCUAAGGAUGCCUGCUGGGCGAUUUAAGGGGCACUGCCACGUCAGAGUGAGAGUCAAACCCAUUUCACAGCUGCACAAAAGCCACUGGAGCAACUGGAGUCCGACAGCAUCCUGGGUGGAAGCAACAGAUGUGGUGGUGACAUCACCGGGUGAAGACUGGCUUCUGGGUCAGUCAUCACAGAUAACGCGAGGAGUGAUUUUCAGCUUGGGUCUCAUCAUCAUAAUAGUGGUCCUUUACAAGAGUUGUGCAAACAGGGGGCUCCUCAAAGGAAAGCCAGUACCAAACCCCUCGAAAUACUUCCACACUCUCCACUCUGACCACGGAGGGAAUCUAAAGAAAUGGCUGAAUCCUCUGUCAGCCUCUGAGUCGUUCUUCACGGCCCAGCCACAUGACCGCAUCUCGCCAGUUGAGGUGUGCGACAGCUGGGAUGUGGCCCCCUCCACCUCUCCCUCCUCUGGCUCCACCAGCGCCCUGCUCCACUUCAGCAGCUACCCCUCAGCUGGCUCGAACACCAGCAGGGUUGUUGACAAUUCCUCCUCCUCCUCCUCAUCCUGCUUCUCUAACAUGGGCUACUUCAUGUCAAGCUCCUCCGGCGGCUCAGCUCGAACUGACCCCAACCCUGUCUACUUCACCUAUAAGGAUGAUUUCCACAACCUGCACAACAGCCUACACCUCUCCCUCUGCCCUUCCUUCGACAUCUCUCCAACGUAUGAGAGCUUGAAGAGGGAGCCACAGAGCCCAGACUCUGGUUUUGGCAUCGAACAAGAAAAUGAAGAGGACAAGGAGGACAAAAGGGUUGUGGAUGUAGAGGGGAAAGAGGUUUCAAAUGAUCACCAGAGCCCUCCUCUUCUCAUCCUCCCUGUCCAUUUUCCCUCCCAUGUGUGCCCUCCCGCCUGUGCUCCACCUCCUCCCAACACUCCCAGUCUAAGUCAGGUAUACUGUGAAAGCCAGCAAGUAGAUGAACCUGUGGCAACUGCUGGUGGCAGCUACACAGCCUGGCCUAUGGCUGGUGCCGUGUGCAGGUCUUCCUCCAUGCCUGUGGAGACGGGUAAAACAGGGUAUCUGACCCUGAAAGAGCUGCAGACAACAUUCAGCAAUAAAUCCAUCUGAAAACUUGUCAUGAAUGUAGAAGAAUCCCUGUGUGAUGGUUGUAAAUUGUUUACAUCACAAACCUGACUGAUUGUUGUUUCUAAUAUGAUUGUGGAGUUGAGCAUAUCUGACAGAAUAUUUGGAGUGUUCUUGUGCAGUUUUGACAAAGACAAAUGACCCUCUCCAAAGUCUCGCCCCCCUUAGUUACUGUUGCUAGAUCGGACAAGCUUGACAAAAAGAAACAUGGCAAUGCUGGUUCUGUUUGGCUGCAAAGUGUAAGUGUUUCAUGGCGUCAGGCAAUAUAGAAGCAGACAGAUAGGACUACAGUAUGUAGUGGAAGGAUGUGUUGAUGUUGAACAAGGCAAAAUGGCGCACAGUCCUGAUGAAAAAGAUAGAAGUAGAGACCGAGGAUGGCAAGACUGAGUCACUGACACUGCCGGAUCAAUGUCCCCUUUCCCCCUUCUGGAGAUCAGUAAAGCACUCUGUUUAUUUAUUACUGAAUAUAGACCAUGGUGACCUAAAGUCUCUAUUUGCUGCAGAAAGUUACGCUACUUUGGGGCAGCAUGUAGCGUUAAGGCCCUGACACACCAAGCCGACGGUCGGCCGUCGACCAAAGUCGGGCCGUCGGUGAGCAUCUGUUGGCCUACUUUUUUCAGGGUUUUUUUUCCUCGUCCCUGUAGCGAGUGAAUCUGCCUGUAAUGAAACCGGGGCUAACAGGUGCUUCCUCCUCAGGCUCCACUUCACUCAGCUGCCUGACAGACCGACUGCCUUUAACCUGAAUAACAAACCAGAGCUAGCUGGGAGCGGCUAGCGGAGUGUUAGCCGCAGCAUGACCGGAGGGAAGCACAGCCAGUUAGCCUCCGCUAGUCUCUGAGCUAUCCCCGGCUCUCCGUUUGGAUCCAACCAGAGCACCGAGCCCUGGUUUGUUAUUCAGGUUAAAGUGGGAAGAAGCAGCGGGUUUAUUGGGCAGCUGAGUGAAGUGGAGCCUGCGGAGAAAACACCGGGACCGUCUAGAUGUAAUAGUCCGUGGAGGUGCUGCGGUGCCCGGCUGCACAGAUAGGAAACCCCUCAGCUGACAGGAAGUACCACUUGGUCACUCGGCUCUCUCUCACGCAGGCGCAGAUCGUACGUGCCACUUAGCCGUCGGAUGUAGUCCGUGUAGUGUGUUCAAAUGCAACUGACACAGGGCGACGUGAGGCGACGUGAGGCGACGUGAGGCGACGUAGACAACGCAACAGUUGGCUUUCGUCGCCGCUGGUUCUUUGAUGUCGGUUUGGUGUGUCCGCACCUUUACAGAGAUGAUAUAAACAAAGGAACAUGAGCCUUGAUCUUUUCUUGCUGAUGACAAAUCAUGUCAUCUUAGGGUGCUUUCACACCUGCGAAACUCAAGUUCGUUUGCCCCCCAAGUGUGGUUCGUUUGGGCAGGUGUGAACACAGCAAUCGCACUCAGGUGAAAACAACCAGACUGAGACCUUCUUGAAGAGGUGGUCUGGUUGGAUCAUUUUCCGUUGUUUUGGUGCGCACCUGAGUGUGAUGGCUGUGCUCUCACCUGCCCAAAUGAUCCACAUGUAGGUGGCAAACAAACUUGAGUUUGAACUCUGUGAACUCUGGUGCGGUUCGUUUGUGGUGAGAACGUGUUCGACCUCAAUCCAAACCAACUGCGGUUGCAUAGGGAAAAAAGUUGAUAUAUCAUAAUCGGUUAUUGGUCAGCUGAGUUGUUACGUAUCAGCAUAUCGGAUAUUGGUAAAAAAUCCAAUAUCAUGCACCUCCACUUAGGAUGCAACUAAUCAAUGUAAUGUGUCUAUGAAGUUUGUGACAGUCCCCAGCCACAUCUGUUAACCAUCUUGAACAUUUGGUUUUCCUUUAAACAUAGCAGAGCCCAGCACAGAGCAUAUUAAGGGAAAUGUUGACUGAGGUUCUGCCGGGUUCCAAACUUGCUCAACAGAGCAAAAAGGGGCGGGACUUAGGAAUGGUCAACUGUGUUUUUACAAAUUCCAUGAUUUUUAUGUUUUAAACCUGCAUUUAUUUUUAAAUCAUUUUAGGUCAAAACUCUCGCAUAAAGUUAUUCUGUUAACUACAAGUGUUGCUGGAGUUUUCACCUCUUUAACUCCUUUCCCUUCUCCAUGCACCUUGGACGUAGGUGCAGUUGUGCCAAAAAAAACCCACCCUGCUUCUGCUUGAUUCAUGUUUUGGUCACUUGGAAGACAAAACAAUCCAAGAGCGUAUAACUGACAUAUUGUAACUGUAUUAAGUGUUUUCUGGGAACGUCUUAGCACACAGUUGCUUGUUUACACAGCGAACUGACAUUGAGCUAUGUUAGCAUUUACUCUGAGUCAUGUCUCUGGCCACUUGAUUGUAAAUCUAAUAUUCCUUCUCUUCUUUUUGCUCUGUUUUGGUCUCCACCAGCUACUGGCUUCUUAACUGCUAAAUGCACCACUGUGUGCAGUUUUUUGCUAAAAACUGCUGCUGGAAACAAGGUUAAUGAGUGCGGUGAGACUGAGCCAAAGCAGUGAAGUAAAGGGAAAACAAUGCACGAAACUCGCUAAAAAGUUCCAUCGAGGUGAGGGGAACUGGGUCGGGUGAUUAUUCUGUACUGGUAUGUCUCAGUUAGCAACCCCUUUCACAUUACACAGUCCUUUUAUUAAUAACUGAUAUAAAUAUUUAACUGGAGCAGCUUUGAAAUGAACAUUUUUAUGCUGUAUUUGUUGCUAUAAUGACUCCAAAUCAAUAUUAGAUUGACUUUGCUGACUAAUAACAAUAACAAUAACAGGAAUCUGUGGUCAUGAGAUUGCGUAAGAUAUAAGUGCAUGUGAGAACAGAGUUUAAAGGGAAAGUCUGAGACACACUGUGAAUAAUUAUUUGGUCCAUUACAUAUAAAUUACAUCCACAUGAGUCAAGUAAUUCUAACACAAAUGGAAAAAGUGCCAUUUAUGUAAUUAAAUCUUUUAAAACUAAGAUGAAUAGACUUUGCGAAUUUGUGUAACCAAAGCUCAUAGAAUUUAGUUAAUUUACUUUAGUAAAAUUUGUGUAAUUACUGUCAGUAAAUUCUAUGUAUCUCCAAUAUAUUGACGGUAAUUACCUAACCUUUAAUAAAUUCAACAUAUUUGAAAUAGACAGAAUUUAUUUACAAUUAUUAUAUAAACUUUAUUAAAGUAAAUUAGCUAAAUUCUUUGAGUUACAGAGAUUCUUACAGUGUAAUCAUCUCAGUUUUAUUUUAUUUAAUUACAUAAAUUGUAUUUUUGGUUUAUGUCAGGAAUCCUUAACUCAACUGGAUGGAUAUUUUAUAUCUAAUUGAAAUAUGUAAACCUGACAAUAGACUAACACCUCGUUUCAACUUAUGUAUGUGUACGGAGACAAGGCAACCAGAAGCCCAUUCAUUCCUACUCCUCCCCUUCGUAAUAUUUCGGUCUGGACUUUUGCCUCAAGUAUGUUAAAAAACUGAGCUUUUGCGGUGGAUUUCGGAGAGACCAUAUGACAGCGUGCUAGCUUAGCUAACAGGCUGCUAACUGGCUAACAGACUAUUUUCAUAUUCAGUUGCCUGUGUUGAUUGUCAAAUGAGUUUGUUUGAUAAAAAAUGACUUGUUUAUCUAUUC